AUGGAUCGAUCGAUCGAUGAUAUUCUUCGUCGGCGAUCCAUCAGUCAUGGACCAGUCGUCGAUCUAUGGAUCGAUGAUAUUCUUUGUGAGAUUGACAUAUUUAUGGAAGCUAGUAAGCUAGCAGCUGAAUAUUUAGUUACUAAAGCGAUCCUGCCUCCAAAUGCACUUUCAGGAAAGUGGCAAAAUGGCGACUGGAAGAACCAGAUGGAGGAUUUUAUGCAGAUUCAUAUGGACAGUCGUACAGCAGUUCAUUCCCGUUUGGGGACUGCUGCUGUGGAUGUAGGUCCUGGCAGGAGAAGGUAUUCUGAUGAAUAUAACUUGAUGGGGUCAAAAAAUUCUAUAAGAGGAAUGAGAACUGGGUCCUCCAAAAAUCAUGGUUCAGAUUGGAACCUAGAAUUUGUGAGGAGUGCGUCGUAG